AAGCGUUACGUCCACGAGAGUGCUACUCCCCCAGCUUCCCCGGCCCUGGGCUCCCGCCUGAGAAUAACUUGGUUCUGAGCUGGAGCUCGGCUGAUUUGAAGGCUUUUAUUCCGCCCUGUUACGGGAGGGAAACGCUUGGCCACGCCCCAGCGGCGUGCGUUUUAUUCUUUUGCAAAAGCUGUGAACCUUCAGGGCGACAUGAGGAAAGACAGUCGCGGCAGCCUAGAGGAUGAGGGGCGCUCAACGUCAAGGCGGCCACAUAGCUGAGGAGAUGGGGAGGUUGUAGCAAAAUGAAGACAGAAGGUGUUGUCUGAUGCUGUUGUAGGUAUUAUGACUGAACCUCAGUUAACACAAGGAAAUAGGUGCUGUAUGAAGAGGUAGGGGAAAAACUAGGAAAGAUGCAUUUCUACACAAAUGGGACUAAGUGUUAUUUGGGGGCUUUGAGCAGAAGAGAAAGGGUAUGUAGUGGAGAAUCAAAGAAUUUGGGAAACCACGGGCAAGAUUUGUGGGGCAUUGGCAGAAAGUUUUGUGGUAAAGUCCUGAGUUCUUAUCCAGUUUUGUUAAUGGCACUAAGAAUAUUGGAUAAGGUACCAGUGAAGCAAACAAAGACAUUCAAGAUUGUGAGGGCACAGAGACUUGGGUUAUUUAUCCUGGCCAUGAAAGGUCAUACUUCCAAGGCUGGAGUAAGUGUUGCUUAUGUUUGGUCCACAUUUAAAUUUCCUCAGACAGUCAUGGAAUGAAAUCUCCCUUUGGAAGGCAGAAACCUAUGGAUAGACAACAUUUCACAAAAAAGAUUCCAAAUAGAACUGUAGCAUUACCCAAGUUAGGAGGAAUCCUCUGGUGCCUGCAAGACAUAAGGUAACUUGGGGCCCUCAGAAAGCACGUGAAUGUUGACACAGAUCCUGGUCAGUAUCUGGCUAUAGGUACCAAUUGGCUAGCUUUCCAGAAAGAAACAUCAUUCCUAGGUUUUGCACUACUGCAUUAUUACAGUGGUUCUGCACCAAUAUUUAUACUUUCUGAGAAUGUUUGAGGGUUCAGGUUUGAGGCUACUCUACAGAUAAUUGUCUAACCCAUCAAAGCUGGUUAUUCUGGUCUUUCAGCUUUAGCAUUUUCAUUUAUAUUUCUUAUGUAACUACUUCUCAGUUCAUGCUCAGUGAAUAUAUUUCCUGUAUUCCUUUCCCAGAAUCCUGUUCCUUCAAAGGAGGUUCAGGAUUGUUCACCUGCUCAAAGGCUGCCUCAUUAAAUAUGUUGCUAGGUAGCAGGCCAGGGAGUUGGGUGGUCAGUUGAAUUGGAGGAUUUCCUUUGUUCUUGGCAGUGGCAUGCUGACCUCUUGUUGCUGAAUGAGGACUGUUUCCAAACCAAGCAUUGGGAAGAACUGAGUAAGAGGGGAAGAAGUCUUUUGAGUUUUUUCUCUAGGAGCCACCAGGCUUGUCUGAAACUUUUGUCUGUUUGGGGGCUUGUUCUGUUUCAGAACCAGAACUCUGGGAUACCAUUGCCUUGGCACAUGGAAUUCAGGGCCUAGCAAGAUGAAGGUGGAUAUCACUGGAUAGCACUUAAACUCCAACAGUAUGCUGCUAGGAUCCAGUCCAGGACACUACGUUAGAUUGUUCUCAUGUCUCCUUUGGUUCCUGUUGAUUGUGGCAGUUUCUCAGAAUUUCUUUGUUUUGAUGACCUUGACAGUAUUGAGGAGUACUAUUCAGGUAUUUUGUAGACUGUGCCUCAAUUGGGAUUUGUCUGAUUUUUUUCCUCAUGAUGAGAAUGGGGUUAUGGGUGUUUGGGAGAAAGACCACAAAGGUAAAAUACCAUUCUCAUCAUAUAUCAAGGCUUUGAUGAGCUGACCAGCCUUUACCAGCUUUUUCCUCCAUAUAGUUAUUUUCCCCACUUUCUAUACUCUAUUCUUCGGAAGUUAGUCACUAAGUCCAGCCCACUUUCAAGAAGGGUUGGGGAAGAUUAAGCUCCACUUCCUGGAGGGUGAGAAUCUACAUAAAUUAUUUAGCAUUCUUCUAUAAGGAAGAAUUAUUUAUUUUGUUUCUCAAAUUGUUCCAGCUUUGUUCAUUAGAAACUCUUUCACAUUGGACCCUAUAUCCCUUUGGCAUGUCCCCAUUGUUUUGUUCUUUGAGCACUUCCUUACUUUCUGGCACUACAGGUUGCUCAUUUUGUAUAUUCCCUGCCACAGCCAUGGGAGAACCAGCCAUUUCUCCAAGGAGACCUGGUUCCUUUUAUUAAAUCGGAAUGUCUUCCAGAAUAUGAAAGAUCUAGAUGACUGUAAUAGAACCAAUGGAAACCCAUUUGUAGGGGUAUGUGUGUGUAGGAGGUGGUUAACAGGAGCAAAAGAAAAAGGGAAAUCUGGAAGGGUCAUAAUCCAAUUCUCUUGAAUGAUAGUUUACUAUCCAUUUGGAGGCAAUUUAAGAGCACAAACUAAGAGAUACCUUGGGUUCAGAUGCCAGCUCUGUCACUUUCUAGCUGUGUGUCUGUGAACCUCAGUUUCCUCAUCUGUAAUGUGGUUAUAAUAACCUCAUGAGGUUGUUGGGAUGAUGAUGAAGUUAUUUAUUUAUUUAUGUAUUUAUGUACUUACCACACUCUGCGGCAUGUGGGAUUUUAGUUCCCCGACCAGGGAUCGAACCUGCACCCCCUGCAGUGGAAGCACAGAAUCUUAACCACUGGACCGCCAGGGAAGUCCUGAUGAUUAAGUGAUUUAGAACACAAGCUUUUGCACAGUGCCUUGCACAUGGAAUGAUUUUCGUGGGACCCAGUGCAUCUUCUCAUUUGAGAUAUCACCGAGAAGCUGUGAGUGAUGUCAUUGCCCUGUACUGGAGAAGCACUGGUGUGUGGGGGUCUCUAUGCAGGUGAUGAUUCUAGGGACCAUGGGCUUGAAGUAGCAGCCUAUUCCCCAGACCCCUAUUCAGGUCCAGUCCACUCUUGAAACUCUUGAAUCAGUGUUUUUCUUCAAGGCCAUGAGAAAAUUGUGUUGUUCAAAUAUGGUGUAUUCGUAUUAAAGUGCAGUGAACUCCAAAUCUGUUUUUGUUAAUAGAAUAAAAAUUCUUUAUCACCUUCCCGGCAAAUUUAAUGUCCCCUUGUCAGGUUAGCUCUUUAAAAUGUAAGAAGAAAUUGUCUUCCUUUUGAUCAUGCGAUUCUCCUCCUAAAGGCUCUUCCUGUUUCACCGUGGAUGAAGUCUAAAGUCCUCCUCCUGAAUGUCAGCACCCCCUAUUAGAUUGCCACAUUUUUUAUACCCAUGAACCUUCUCCCAUGACUCCCAUGCCUGACAUGUUUUCUCAUAAUUUCCUUCACUAGACUGUCAUUCAAAUAACUUUUUAAACUCUGCCCAGAGUAAUGUAAAGAGUGCUAAUACCUCCCUAUCUACUGUCUUUUGAACACUGCUGUUCAGUUAUUACCUAGAGUGCACUGGCCUUUGGUAUGUGUAUGGUAUAAAUACUCAAAGUAUUCAACAUUUGGUUGUGUUUCUAUUAUCUUCUAAAUAUUUGUAUUAAUGUUGUCUUCUCCCUAAAGAACAUGAAUGUAAGUACCCCAGUCAAUAUAGUACUAAGUAUCUGCUUAUUGAUAAUGAGGAGGAAGAUAAAGAUAGGUCUAGAGUAUAGUCAUUGACAAAUUUGAAUAAGGGGACUUCUUACAUCUGAGGUAGUCAGUGUCUCUGCCUUCUUAAGUCCCUUGGCUGUGAUUAUAGGAAAUUAACUCCCAACUCAGUCCACAGCUGGGUGUUCCUUCAAGAAGAUUGCUAUUUCUGAGUCCUAGAGCUUGGAACCUAUAUUUAUGGUUGGCCACUUGGGAUCCAUAAUCUCAACCAGUGUCUAAUCUUCCUGUAGGGAUUGACUAUUUUACAUUACCAUUCCUAGUUUAUGCUGAUGCUGCCUUCAUCCAUGCCUGUGAUUGGAAUCCUCAUGCUGUACCUGCUCUGAGAAAAAAAUCUAGAGAUAAAUGGAGUAGCAGAUCGGUGCCAAAUAUACUUUGAAGAUAACGGGAAGGACCCAGGGGCCGCCAUAGGAAUAAGGGCAGAGACAUUUGAAGGAUCUACAUGUUCCACAGGCCUAGUAGCACCUGCAUUUCCAGAGACAGUGGGCUGAUGGACAGGGUGCUCCUCUGCUGCAUACAGGCAUGCAACUUAGUCAAAAUAGGAGUUUGAGCAAUAACAGAGGUAACUCUGGGGUAGCUCUCCUGGACUGGUAGCUUUGAAGAAAGAAGAGUAGAAGGAAAAACUAGAAUAAGUCAUGUCGGAGAUACUUGACCUCUCUUUUCUGUCUGAGGUGGAAAGGGAUUUGAUCCUCAGUGUUCUACAACGAGAUGAGGAGCUCCGAAAAGCAGAUGAGAAAAGGAUUAGACGACUGAAGAAUGAGUUACUGGAGAUAAAAAGGAAAGGGGCCAAAAGGGGCAGCCAACACUAUAGUGAUCGGACCUGUGCCCGGUGCCAGGAGAGCCUGGGCCGUUUGACUCCCAAGACCAACACUUGUCGGGGUUGUAAUCACCUGGUGUGUCGGGACUGCCGUAUCCAGGAAAGCAAUGGUACUUGGAGAUGCAAGGUGUGCGCCAAGGAAAUAGAGCUGAAGAAGGCAACUGGAGACUGGUUUUAUGACCAGAAAGUGAAUCGCUUUGCUUACCGCACCGGCAGUGAGAUAAUCAGGAUGUCCCUGUGCCACAAACCUGCAGUGAAUAAAAGAGAGACAAUGGGACAGUCCCUCCUUCAUCAGUCACAGAUGGGCAAUAUCUGGCCAGGAAGAAAGAUCAUUCAGGAGCAACAGAAGGAACCCAGUGUUCCAUUUGAAGUCCCCAAGCUGAAAAGUGGAAAGAGUGCCCUGGAGGCUGAGAGUGAGAGUGUGGAUAGCUACAUGGCUGACUCGGAUAGCACGUCCAGGAGAGACUCUCUGGAUAAAUCUGGCCUCUUUCCAGAAUGGAAGAAGAUGUCUGCCCCCAAAUCUCAAGUAGAAAAGGAAGCUCAGCCUGGGGGUCAAAAUGUGGUAUCUGUGGACGAGGGUGAAAUGAUAUUCAAGAAGAACACCAGAAAAAUCCUCAGGCCUUCAGAGUACACUAAAUCUGUGAUUGAUCUUCGCCCGGAAGAUGUGGGGCAUGAAAGUGGCUCCUUGGGAGACAGAAGCAAAUCUGUCCCAGGUCUCAGUGUGGAUAUGGAAGAGGAAGAGGAAGAAGAAGAAGACAUUGACCACCUGGUGAAGUUGCAUCGUCAGAAGCUAGCCAGAAGCAGCAUGCGAAGUGGCUCUUCCAUGAGUACGAUUGGCAGCAUGAUGAGCAUUUAUAGCGAAGCUGGCGAUUUCGGGAACAUCUUUGUGACUGGCAAGAUUUCCUUUUCCCUGAAGUAUGAGCAGCAAACACAGGCUCUGGUCAUUCACGUGAAGGAGUGCCACCAUCUGGCCUAUGCUGACGAAGCCAAGAAGCGCUCGAACCCAUAUGUGAAGACUUAUCUUCUGCCUGACAAAUCCCGCCAAGGAAAAAGAAAAACCAGCAUCAAGCGGGACACCAUUAAUCCGCUAUAUGAUGAGAUCCUCAAAUAUGAGAUCCCAGAAUCUCUCCUGUCCCAGAGGACUUUGCAGUUCUCGGUUUGGCAUCAUGGUCGUUUUGGCAGAAACACUUUCCUUGGAGAGGCAGAGGUCCAGAUGGAUUCCUGGAAGCUUGAUAAGAAACUGGAUCAUUGCCUACCUUUACAUGGAAAGAUCAGUGCUGAGUCCUCGACUGGCUUGCCGUCACACAAAGGCGAGUUGGUGGUAUCACUGAAAUACAUCCCAGCCUCCAAACUCCCUGUUGGAGGUGACCGGAAGAAGAGUACAGGUGGGGAAGGGGGAGAGCUCCAGGUGUGGAUCAAAGAAGCCAAGAAUCUGACAGCUGCCAAAUCAGGAGGGACUUCAGACAGCUUUGUGAAGGGAUACCUCCUUCCCAUGAGGAACAAGGCCAGUAAGCGUAAAACUCCUGUGAUGAAGAAGACCCUGAAUCCCCACUACAACCAUACAUUUGUCUACAAUGGUGUGAGGCUGGAAGAUCUCCAACACAUGUGCCUGGAACUGACUGUGUGGGACCGGGAGCCCCUGGCCAGCAAUGACUUCCUGGGCGGGGUCAGGCUGGGUGUUGGCACUGGGAUCAGUAAUGGGGAAGUGGUGGACUGGAUGGACUCGACUGGGGAAGAAGUAAGCCUAUGGCAGAAGAUGCGACAGUACCCAGGGUCUUGGGCGGAAGGGACUCUGCAGCUCCGUUCCUCGAUGGCCAAGCAGAAGCUGGGCUUGUGAGCCCCUAUCCUCUGCAGGUCCAACCUUGUCUAGGGCAAGUCAGAGGAAGCAAAGAAACCAAGGGUGAAGAUGUAUAAUUUAGUGUGUGUGUAUGUGUGUAUGUGUGUGUGUGUGUGUGUGUGUGUGUAAACGUGUAUUUCUACAAAUCUCAUUAUGCUAGAGUGAUGUAGACUAUCCCUUUUUAAAGCAGCCUCGAAAAUAAGCGUCUCUUCAAAAUGUUUUUAUUUGUGCAUAAACUACUAUAUAUUUUCAGAGUCCAUGUUUCUUAUAUCUUUAUGAGAUUUAAUUAACUUAUCUUUUAAAACAACGUUUUAUCACCUGUCUUGCUAUCCUGGUUCUUCCUUCCCCAGGAAGCCCUGGCUGCCUUUGGCACUCAUACUGGUCUGUGUUUCAAGGUGUGCCUGGUCUGAGGCCAAGGCUCCGGGAAGCAGGGGUGGGUUACAGAAGAUGGGGUGGAAGACAGAAGAUGGGAGAGAGGUGAGUAGGUCCAUCCUUCCUUCUCCAAUUUAUGCUUUUAACUCCAUUUCUACCUUGACACAUUUCUGGAACUUGGCUUUUAACUCUUCUUGUUUGUAGCAGUUUCCACCUUGCUUGGGUCGAAUGCUUUUCUUGGAAAUGCUAAGAAAAUGUCUAAGUUGCUUCCAGUUCUGAAAACCUUCCCUAGACCUUUGGGGAACCCUUAUAACAGAGCUGCUUUAGAAGAGCACUUUAAUUAGAUAAUGCCCAGUAAGGGCUUCUCAGUGGUCCCUGAGGACCAGUGACUGAGUGUCUCCUAGCCCAUGCUGAAUUCUUUGCAUUUUAAACUGAUACAGCAGUUGUUAAAGAGCUCCUAAUUUCUCUAAUGAAAGACAAGACAUCUUCACUCUCACGUACCACACUUUUCUUAGCGUUUGUGUUCGCCACAUGUUACCACCCAGAAUAGGGUCUACAUACUGUUAUGUCAGCCAGAAUGGCCACAUAUGGUCUAAACCAGUCCAGUGUUUCUCCAGGCUGGGCACUGUUAGUGUCCAAGAGAGUGUGUUCAGAGAAUCUCCCAGGUUUUCUGACUUCCUUCUUGAAGUGGUUUCAGUUCCUAUUUUUUCUCUUGUUUCCUGAAGUUGACCUAGAUGUAACCUGGGUGUGGUGGGUUGAGACCUUUCUAAGAAGGGUCUAGCGAUCUAAGGUUCAUUUUCUGAAACUCACUCUCCCAAACUGACCUUCUUAUUCUCACAGUUUUAUCUUCACAAAGUCAUUUGUAAAAGGAGUCUGUACCGGAGAAGAAAUCCCUUUCAGUAGAGUUGACUGCUAGCAGACUCUCCUAUAAGGCUACUGGAUUGAAGGUGGCCACUGCUUUCUGUUGUAUGUGUGAAGUGAAGAGUGUUUUAAAAAGGUUUAUUCGGUGUGGAUUGAUAUUGUAAUGGAAGGCAUAACUUGGGAUCCUGGACUGUCACUUGCUCCUUUGUUCUCCACCCCCUGAAAUGUGUGUGUGCUUCAAUAAAGCUUUCUUCCUUGUCAA